GUUGUUGAAAAGUAAAAAUCAUUUGAAUUUUUAUUCAAUUAUAGUAUUGAUAAUUGAAUUAAGUUAUGAUUAAGUCAUGUAUCCAUAGAUUGAGACCAAAUGCCAAACAUUUGUGUUCAAGAAAUUUGUCAAACAGUCCUUCAAUUACCAUAUUUGACACAAACACUAAACGCUUACAAAAAGAUAAAUCAAUUGAUAUGAAAGACAACCAAAAGUAUGACUAUUUAAAAGAUGAAAUCGCUUACCGACUGGUGGACAGAGUUUACGAUAUUAAGAGACACUUUCCAGUAGUUGUCGACUUUGGCUGUUAUAAAGGAUUGAUAUCUAAUCACUUAACUAAUGAAGUGAUUGAUUGUCUUAUAUGCUGUGAUACAUCUUAUAAAUGUUUACAACACAUCCCGUCUAUUGAUGGCAUUGAAACUAUUAAAUUAGUUAUCGAUGGCGAGACACUACCACUUAAAGAAAAUAGUAUUGAUUUAGUGAUCAGUAAUUUAAGUAUACAUUGGGUUAAUGGUUUGCCCAACGCUUUUGAUAAUAUAAUGAAAUGUCUUAAAGAAGACGGCGUUUUCAUGGGUGCUAUGUUUGGUGGACAGACAUUGUUUGAGUUACGGUCGUCGUUACAAAUGGCAGAACUUGAACGCGAAGGCGGCUUUGGUCCGCAUAUAUCGCCAUUUAUUUCGGCUCAAGACAUGGGUGCGCUGUUAACUCGAGCCGGUUAUUCAAUGAUUACAAUAGACACGGAUGAGAUUAAAGUGAAUUAUCCGACGAUUUUUGAAUUACUAGAAGAUUUAAAAGGAAUGGCAGAAAAUAAUGCUUUAAUUAAGAGGAAAAGUCAUUUGCAUAGAGAUUCGCUGUUAUCGGCGGCCGCUAUAUAUCAGUCAUUAUAUGAUCAACUAAAGGAGAAUAUCAUACCAGAAGACCAAAUCAUUAAAACCAAAGAUAAAGAUAUGAAGACUCGAUCGAAAGGCAAGACUGUCRUCAAAACAAUAGCAUCUCAUCAGAAAAAGACGGACACGAAGACUAAUAAUGAUGGAAGUGGUGKUCAGUCGAAGAAAAUUAAAACCACAGUCGCGACAAAAGGAGAUGAAGCGACCAAUGAAGGUCAAGGAAAGAAAUUUUAUUUUAGUGUCCAUAAGAUAUAUUCGGGUGGAGACGAGUUCUCAUUUGAAGAACUUAUGGGUCAGAGAUGGAUGAAAAAGAAGAAAAAGAUUGACGAAGAGUUUAAGUGUCAACAAUUGGAACAAGAGGUGGCUUUUCUAAGACAACAGAUCGAGCGCUUAAUUCAGCAGAAGACCAACGAAACGGCGGCCAAAAGCGAGGAGAAGCCAUCUCACGACUUAAUGCCUCCGCCACCGACCAGUGCCGACUCAAGCGGCAAAUCAUUUCAUAACUCGACAGAAAAUCCAGGAAACGCCACUUCAUUUAUGGUCCGCGAGUUAUGGAACGGCACUCUUAUGACCACUCAAUGCGAUAAUAAUUCAAAACCUGUAACAAUGAAGGCUCCUGAAGAAAAUAAAGAAAAGUUUACCAUUUUUGCCGAUACAACUAUUGUUCCACAAAAAGAGGACAAACGAAACAAACCUCGAGAUUCAAUAGCAUUUGAUUAUACGAUAGCGUUGCCUAAGAAUGAAGAGUCGUUCAUCGCUAAGACCUCAUGUUUUUCGACUCCAAUGGCCGACAAAAGUAGACGAAUUAACUUUGACUUCAAUGAAAUGCCCACUAAUGCCAAUUUUGUCGGCGGAAUGACCGCCAAAUUGAGUCCAAUCAUUGAAACGAGCCGUGAAUAUAAUAGUAAAUCGUCGUCGUCGGCCUCAUCGGGAACAUUGAGUGCCCGAAGUGGUCCACUGAGACAAAAGAUGUCUGCUUACGGGGGGUCGCGGCGAGUGUUUGCCACAAAAACAACGGAUACAAUAAAUAAUUAGCAUUUUAUUAGAAUAUAUAUAUAAUUUUUUUUAGCAUUUUA